AUUUUACACUGGUCAAAUCAUUAUUAUUAUUAUUUUUCAACUAAAAAAAUGAUAAAGAAAACACAUGGCUUUGAAACCCGCAAAGUUUUACAGAAUCCCGCUUUUACAUGGGUUUGGGUCGAGAGCGAGAGAGAGGAGGAGCGAGAUGGCGCCUGCGGUGAGGUUGGCAGGGGCAAAUGACGAGUUGCAGAAGAUUUUGGAUGCCAACAUGGACGGAGCUCCUGCCAGAAGGCGCGCUCGAGAUGCGUUCAAGGAUGUUCAGCUUGGAAUUGACCACAUCUUGUUCAAGACACCAUGUGAUGGAAUAAAAAUGAAUGAGUCGUAUGAGAAGAACUCUAGAGGGCUGGAAAUUUUCUCCAAGAGUUGGCUUCCGGAAAGCUCUAAGCCCAAAGCAGUGGUGUGUUUUUGUCAUGGUUAUGGAGACACUUGCACAUUUUUCUUUGAAGGAAUUGCGAGGAAAUUGGCAUCAUCUGGGUAUGGAGUUUUUGCUAUGGAUUACCCUGGAUUUGGUCUUUCGGAAGGACUCCACGGCUAUAUUCCCAGCUUUGACGUGCUUGUAGAUGAUGUUAUGCAGCAUUACUCUAAAAUUAAAGAGAAUCCAGACUUCCGUAAUCUACCAAGCUUUCUAUUUGGAGAAUCUAUGGGUGGAGCUGUAGCUCUGAAGAUACACUUAAAACAGUGUAAUUUAUGGAGCGGUGCAGUUCUUGUAGCACCCAUGUGCAAAAUUUCAGAUGACAUGGUCCCGCCAAAAAUAGUCGCAAGAUUUCUCAUUGGCGUAGCUAGUGUUCUACCAAAGCAGAAGUUAGUUCCACAGAAGGAUUUGGCGGAGGCAGCAUUUAGGGAUGUGAAGAAACGACAGCAGGCAUCCUAUAACAUAAUUGCUUACAAGGAUAAGCCACGUCUGCGGACAGCUUUAGAGCUGCUCAAAACCACUGAAGAGAUAGAACGCCAGUUGGAAAAAGUUUCUCUGCCAAUAUUGAUCCUUCAUGGUGCAGCUGACACUGUAACAGAUCCGUCGGUGAGUAAAGCCUUGUAUGAAAGAGCAAGCAGUUCGGACAAGAAAUUUAUUCUUUAUGAGGAUGCUUGUCAUUCUCUUCUUGAAGGUGAACCAGAUGACAUGAUAACUCGAGUUUUCAAUGAUAUCAUUUCUUGGCUUGAUGAACACAGCCAGAGUACCGCAAACUGACCAGCGAAAUAGUAGCUCUUAAUUCUUUUCUUCCUGUAUCAAAUAAAGUGAGAAGAAGCAUGCAUUGUUUGAUGGGGAAAAAUAAAACUGCUACUGAGUCUGAAUGUAUAGAGGAAGUUGAGAUAAUUAAAUAAUUAUAAACCAUCUUUGUUUUU